CCUGACGUCAGAGCGCGCGCGACAGGGCCAAGAUGGCACUGCUCCGGGACGGGCGCCGACUCCUCGUGUGCUGGGUGCGCGCCGGGCGGCCGUGGCUGCCGGGAGCCGGCGACCCGGCCCGCCCUUGCCGCGCACUCGCUGGAGCGGUGGGGGGAAGGCCGCAGGCGCUUCGUCGGCCAGCCCUGGCUUGGGCCACCGGGCUGAGCCGCUCCAGCACGCGGGCGGCCGAGAACGGCGAGGGCCGGGAGGAGGCGGCGGCGCGGGACAGGCCGCCCCUCGGCCACACGGAGGCCGUCCGAGGCGCCGCCUCCCGCCAUGAGUUCCAGGCGGAGACCAGGAAGCUGCUGGACAUCGUGGCCCGUUCCCUCUACUCGGAGAAGGAGGUUUUUAUUCGGGAGCUGAUAUCCAAUGGCAGUGACGCAUUGGAAAAAAUCCGCCAUAAGCUGAUUUCUGAAGGGAAAGUCCUGCCAGAUCUAGAGAUUCAUCUCCAGACAGAUCCGACGAAGGGAACACUCAUCAUCCAGGAUACCGGCAUUGGGAUGACUCGGGAGGAGCUUAUCUCUAAUCUUGGUACCAUCGCAAGGUCUGGCUCCAAGGCCUUCCUAGAGGUCCUUCAGAACAAGGAGGAGGCCAGCAGUAAGAUCAUCGGUCAGUUUGGGGUGGGCUUCUACUCUGCCUUCAUGGUAGCUGAUCAGGUGGAAGUCUUCUCGCAGUCAGCAGAACCAGGUGCCCCGGGAUGCUACUGGUGCUCUGAUGGGUCAGGAAUGUUUGAGAUCUCAGAAGCCUCUGGAGUCCAAACUGGGACCAAAAUAAUUCUUCAUCUCAAGGAGGAGUGCAAGGAGUUUGCCACUGAAGAGCGUGUCAAAGCGGUCAUCACCAAAUACAGCAAGUUCAUCAGCUUCCCCCUCUACCUCAAUGGGAUGCGCACCAACACCUUGCAGGCCCUCUGGACGAUGGAACCCAAGGAGGUUGGGGAGGAGCAGCACAAAGAGUUCUACCGCUUCAUCGCCCAGGCCUACGAUGAACCACGCUACGUCCUCCACUACAGGACUGAUGCUCCUCUCAACAUCUGCAGCCUCUUCUAUGUGCCAGAGAUGAAGCCUUCCAUGCUUGACAUGAGCCGUGAGCUGGACUCCAGCGUUUCACUGUAUAGUCGCAAGGUCCUGAUCUUGACCAGAGCCACGGACAUCUUGCCCAAAUGGCUGCGCUUUCUCAAAGGGGUGGUGGACAGCGAGGAUAUCCCCUUGAACCUCAGCCGGGAGCUGCUUCAGGAGAGCACACUCCUCAGGAAGCUCAGGGAGAUCUUGCAGAAGAGGCUGAUCAAUUUCUUCGUUACCCAGAGCAAGAAGGACCCAAAGAAAUAUGCCAAGUUCUUUGAGGAUUACGGACUCUUCAUACGUGAAGGGAUCGUCACAGUGGCUGAGCAGGAGGUCAAGGAGGACAUAGCCAAGCUGCUGCGUUAUGAGUCCUCAGCCCUGCCUGAGGGCCAGCUGACCAGCCUGACGGAGUAUGCCAGCCGCAUGCCCGCUGGCAGCAGGAACAUCUACUACCUGAGUGCCCCCAGUCGGCACCUGGCUGAAGCCUCUCCGUACUAUGAGGCCAUGAAGAAGAAGGAUGCGGAGGUGUUGUUCUGCUAUGAACAGUUUGAUGAACUGACUCUCCUCCACCUGCGGGAGUUUGACAAGAAGAAACUGAUAUCAGUGGAAACUGAUAUCGUUGUGGACCACUAUAAGGAAGAGAAGUUUGAGGAAAGCCAGUCAGCAGAACACCUGAGCUCCCAGGACACGGAGGGUCUCCUGGCUUGGAUGAGAAAUGCUCUAGGUUCGCGUGUGUCUUCUAUUAAGGUGACACCACGGCUGGACACGCACCCAGCCAUGAUUACUGUGCUGGAGAUGGGUGCUGCCCGCCACUUCCUGCGUAUGCAGCAGUUGGCCAAGACCAGCGAAGAGCGUGCCCAGAUCCUGCAGCCGACACUGGAGAUAAAUACAGGGCACCCUCUGAUCAAGAAACUCAGCCAGCUGCGGACCAGUUACCCAGAUCUGGCCCAGAUGCUGCUUGACCAGAUCUACGAUAAUGCCAUGAUAGCUGCAGGCUUGAAUGAUGAUCCUCGUCCCAUUGUGAACCGACUGAACAGCCUCCUCACCAAAGCCCUGGAGAAGUAUUGAGUGCCAGAUGGAUCCUAAGCAGCAACCAUCAGAGGAAUUGCCCGCUUCUUCCAGUGGUGCUGGGGAAUUCAACCUAUCUCAGAGAAGAGAUUCUUGAGGGGAGGGGGGCUACUGUGGUCGUGUUGACUCCAUCACUUCCUGGGAAACAAGCAAACAAGCCUUGUGGAGCUGUGGCUUAGUAUGCACAGCACUUAUUUGUCCCGUCCCCUGCCCAGUCCCUGCUUUGGAAGUGGCCAUUGGAGCAGUCCUGCUGAGACAAGGUAGCCCAAAACUCGGGGUGGGGGUGUGGGGGAGGUCUUUGAGGUUCUGCACUUAAGCAGCAACCCCCAGUGGUUCUUCUAUUUAAUAAAGUCCUUUAUUUCAGG